CAUUGACGUAGCCCCCACCCCCCAUUAUUCCACACCAUACCACCACCACCGCCCUCCUCUCUGUUCUCUCUUUCCUCUUAUAACUUCCCCCGCCCCACCCUCUCCUUCCACCCUUCCUCCAUGCUGCUGCUUCUCUUGGAAGUCACAUGGAGGCGCGACCGACUCGGGCCCUCCUCUUCCGUCCCUCGUAGCAAACAACAAGAACAAGGAAGGAAGGAGCAGCCAAGAAAGGAAGACGGGGCCCUUCCCCUUCGUCUCGCGUCUCGCCCGGCCUCUCGUCAGUUAACUUGAGCCAGUCAAAUGCAAGAUUCGAGAAUGAUAUUUGCUGAGGAAGUUUCGGAUGUAAAGCCACGGAAGAAAAAAGCUCCUUCAAGAAAGGCAACUCUACUCCCGUUGCAAGGUAAUGGUGUCCAUGGGGUUCAACAGCUGAAGGGUGCUCCAGCAGCGAAGACUGGACAGAAAUCCUCCAAAAGAAACCCGAAGAAUGAUGCCUCCAUGUUGCUUCAUCAGCAAGAGAGAUCAAAUUCAGAUUCAUUGCCGGACUCUUCUACAUCCGGGGAUGAGUAUCGUGCACUGAGGAGGAGAUAUUUGCUUCUAGAGGAAGAAAGCUUUUCCUUGGGGAACGAGUUGAGAGAUGUUGAGAAAGAAGUUAAGGUGCUCGAAGAGGAAAAAUUUGCACUGCUGGAUAAACUUGUGGUGCUAGAAGGCUUGAUUGAUCCCUCAGAGUUGCAGGUGUAGGGCCUACACUAAAUAGUAUAUCGAGAUGUGAUAAUUGGCAGACAAAGAAGACGGUCUAUUUAGUACAAAUGAUGAUAUCCUUGUUCAUAGUAGUGCUUGACGUCUCAGUUAAGUCGCCCACUUAAAACUUGGGAGAGAGCAAAUGCUAAAGUUAGUCACAGUUUGGGUUCUAACUGAUUUGAACACCAAUGUUGUAAUGGUUUCGUGUCAAAAGUUAUAGUUCCAAAUAUCUUUGUUAUUA